UUAGGCUGUAAUUAGGGAUCUGGGAGGAGAACUCUCCUAGUGACGCUUUGCUUUUUCUUCUGCUCUUAGUUAGAAAGUGCUUCCUUCUUCCUAGGAUCAGGACCUCUGCCAUUCAGCACCACAAAGAGACAUUCUGCAGGGAGGCGCGGGCCGAGGCACACACCCACACCCACACUCCUCCAGAGACAAACUUAAGGUGAGGAGGAGCGCUAGCUUCACUUGACGUCCAGCUUCCAACUUCAGUGGGACUUGAAAGCAUCUGAACUUCUGCAUUUCAGGAUAAGUGAGGAAGAGUCUGAGCUACAAAGAUGAAGAGUCUACUUCUUCUGGUGCUGAUUUCAAUCUGUUGGGCUGAUCAUUUUUCAGAAAACUACUCUCUGGAUCAUGACAGAGUUAUCCACAUUCAAGCUGAAAAUGGCCCCCGUCUACUUGUGGAAGCAGAACAAGCCAAGGUGUUUUCACACAGAGGUAGCAAUGUGACACUGCCAUGUAAAUUUUAUCGAGACCCCACAGCAUUUGGCUCAGGAAUCCACAAAAUCCGAAUUAAGUGGACCAAGCUAACUUCAGAUUACCUCAGGGAAGUGGACGUUUUCGUUUCCAUGGGCUACCACAAGAAAGCCUAUGGAGGCUAUCAGGGUCGAGUGUUUCUGAAAGGAGGCAGUGACAAUGAUGCUUCCCUGGUCAUCACACACCUCACGCUGGAAGAUUACGGGAGAUACAAGUGUGAGGUGAUUGAAGGACUAGAGGAUGACACUGCUGUGGUGGCAUUAGAGUUGCAAGGUGUCGUAUUCCCUUACUUUCCACGACUGGGGCGCUAUAAUCUCAAUUUUCACGAGGCACAGCAGGCUUGCCUGGACCAGGAUGCUGUGAUUGCUUCCUUUGAUCAGCUGUAUGAUGCCUGGCGGGGUGGGCUGGACUGGUGCAACGCUGGCUGGCUCAGCGACGGAUCUGUGCAGUACCCUAUCACCAAGCCCCGAGAGCCCUGUGGUGGCCAGAAUACCGUGCCCGGAGUCAGGAACUACGGGUUUUGGGAUAAAGAUAAAAGCAGAUAUGAUGUUUUCUGUUUUACAUCUAACUUCAAUGGCCGAUUUUACUACCUGAUCCACCCCACCAAGCUAACUUAUGAUGAGGCGGUGCAAGCUUGUCUCAAAGACGGUGCUCAGAUUGCAAAAGUGGGCCAGAUAUUUGCUGCCUGGAAACUUCUCAGCUAUGACCGCUGUGAUGCAGGAUGGCUGGCGGAUGGCAGUGUCCGCUACCCUAUUUCUAGGCCAAGGAGACGCUGCAGUCCUACUGAGGCUGCGGUGCGCUUCGUGGGCUUCCCAGAUAAAAAGCAUAAGCUAUAUGGGGUCUACUGCUUCAGAUCAUACAACUGAGUGUGCCCUAGAGCGCGUCAGAGUUCAAGUCAUUGAGAACAUGUGAAAAGUUUUUUGUUUUAUUUUUGUUUCAGUAUGAACUCAUGCAAGUUACCAAAACUGUGAUAACCUUCUUUUACUUACUGUAAAGAAUCAUUUUCAUACAGGCCAAUUCAUUAAUUUGUUUUUGUAACACUAUCAUUCAAUAUAUAUUAUAACAAUACACGUAAAAGGGAUGCUAAAAAAAAGAAAGAAAGAAAAGGCUUUAGAGCUAAACUGUUUUAUGCUACAUCAUCCCAACAAAGUAUCCUCCCCUCAACCCAGCACGUAGUAGAUUGACCAUUACUAGGAUUCUGUUAAGGAAAGUCAAGCUACUCAGAGCAGCAGCUUCCACAAGCACAAAUUUUACACAUUUUUACAAUUUUGAAAUGCACUGCGAUAAACAGAUUAGAGCAACAGGUUUGAAAUGCGGGCUUCUUUACAUAAACUGAGAUCCCAAGAGGUUGUAUAAAACUCAGUUUCACAAGGGAACAAUGUACUUUUCUAAAAGUUAAUACUUCAAGUCUCCAGUAGACAGAAUGUUUUACUCUUUAAAAUCUUACCUUUUUGACCAAAAAAAGAAAAGAAAAAUGAUGUGGAUUCAAAUGCAUGGUAAUAAGCACAGUGAGAACUCCUUAAUAAGUCCAUUUAUAUAAAGUAUAAGACUUAAAUAAGUAGAUAAUAUUUUACCAAUGAGAGAUUUCUACCUUCUAAUUAAAAUUACCUAUCUGAGAAGAAUUGUUUUAUUUUUUGAGUAGCUUUAAUGAGUUAUAUUUAAAUUCUAAGGAACUUUUGCUAAGCAGUAUUUAGGAUCUACUCAGGGCAGUUAAAUAGAUAAACUGCUGGACAGAAACCAUGUAAAAUUUAGCAGCUUGAUUUUAUGUUAGCUUAUGAAACAUUAUGUCCUAUAAAAAGAACUUUAACCUAUUUAAUAUUUCUUAUUUACAUUAAUUGAACAAAUCAUCAAGUGAACGAACAACUCUACACUUGCCUAAGAAGGCAAUACACAACUUUCAAAAUCAUUUCUAUCUUUAUAUACACUAGAAAGCCCAAACAGGACCUGUGUUUAGGAGGGAAAAGUUAAAAAUGUAGUUCUAAACAUUCUCCCAAACAGAAAAUACAAUCAUUGUCAAUUUCCUUGCUGGUUAUCAGUAGGCAAGAAUAAAAUGCCGAAGCUGUCAUACAAGAGUUUACACAAAAAUCUUUCAGGGCUUUUAAGUGAAAAGCUAAGUCCAGGCUCAGAAAAACAACUUUCAGUAUUAGCAACUCCAAUCUUAAAGAAAGCUCUGUUUUCUUACAUGUUUUUAUGACUGUUGAGACUCCACAGGGACCAAUAUUUGUAUUCAAAUAAUAUUUCAUGUUUUCCCCUUGUUUCACAAUGAGUUAUAGCAAAUGGAACUUAGUACAGUAAUCCAAGUAUGACAUAGCUGGUCUGUUUUCAUGAAUGUUUUUAUGUAGAUUUUCUCCCAUGACCAUGAGCAAAUAAAUCUGUUUCCUGAAUUGAUUGUGGUUGCAUUUAAAGUUCUGUAGUAAUUCUAAUAAAUUCACUCUAUAAAUACAGAGAUAAGUGUGUAGAAGGUAAGGAGCAACUGGAAGUCCAUGAAAGCUUAACUAUAUUCAUAUAUUAUCUAGGUGAAAUAUUAUAAAUAAAAGUAGAACCUUUCAUUAAAAGCAUAUCUGGAAAUUUUCAGGUGCUUUAAUAUUAAAAGAUGACAAUGUAUGCAUGCACAUUUUAAAAUCUGGCUGGUUAUUCAGAUCAUGCAAAACUAUAAAUCCAAAGAGGUUGUGAAGUUUAGCUCAAACGCUGCAGGUAUAAUAGAAGUCACACAUAUAAGUUACAGAAACCUGAGUGGUCUAGUGUACAAUGAAUACAUUAUUUAAAGAGGGGAUUAUCUCCAAACUAGCAACUCCAACACCUUAAGUGUUGGGGUUAGCUUAUUGGAAGAAGACCAUACUUGAACAAUUAUUACCUAUAAGAAUUUUGUCUGAUGUACAAGUGGCAAAAAUUUUCUAAUGAAACAGGUAUAUUAUUGUCAAUUAUUGUCAUAUAACUACCUUUAUAGUGUUAAGCAUAGUAGCAUUUCUUAACUUUUGAAUACUUAGUAUAGGAAUUGGUGCUGCUCAAAUUCUCUGGAGUGACUGUUAGCUGAUUCAAGUCAAUACCAAUUGCAUGCCAUUUGUCCAUUCUUGAAAAAAAAAUCAUACAAUGAACAUUGCUAGUCAGAGUUUUUAACUUCUGAUUUUACAUGAAGGACCAUAAUCUUCAUACCCUUUGGACCUAAUUGAAGAGGGAUCUUUUUAAAGUUCUCAUUUUAUUGUUUUAUUCCACAAAAUGUAUAUUUUCUUACUUUAUAUCUCAUUGAGAAUGUCUUUAGAAGAAAAGGUAUCUGAGUACAGUUCCUACCAGAAAGCUGAUAUAGUAUUGACUAACUCAGAAAUUGCUUUGUAGAUUUCGAGAUUCCCAGAGAUUAGACUACAAAAAGUUACCAUCAUUUUGUCUUAUGGUCCAUAUAAUGAACAAACACAACUACAAAUUUUACCGAGACAACUGCAUUUGAAAAUCUAUACAGAAAGACCAAUUCAUACAAAAAUACAAUAUAGAAAUAAAAAUAAGUUGUCAUUUUAACACUGGAUGUCAUCUUUGAGUGACUGCUGCCAUAUUUUAUCACAGCAAUUUUUAGCCAAAUAUAGGACUUGUAAAUUUAAACUUUCUUUCAUAUAAAGGGGCCGGUACCUGUUAAAGUGUUAUUUUACGCAAUAAGAUGGUCGCUUAUUAUUUUGGCAAUUAGUAGGCUCAAAGGCAAUUUCAGUCUGGUUGCUGGCAGCCAUACUGGGUUUCUUGAUUUCAGUACUCCAGGUUCUGGUGGUGUCCUGGAGUAGCUGACCACUAAAGAAGGAAGGGUUAAAAGGGGAUCAAUUGUCAGGGUUUUUUAUUUUGUUUUUUGCAUAGAAUGCAUCAAUAAAAAUCUAUUGACAGCUAACAGUUUUUUGAGACGUUAACUCUAUCAUAGCUCACUACUGCCAGGACAGCAUGGUGUAUAACAAAAGCUAUGAAUAAUACAAAAAUCAUCAAGCCACCCAAUUAAAAGGAAAGUCAAUAUUUAAAAUGCAUUUAAUAGUUACUAAGUGCAAGAUUGAAGAGAACCAAUAUGUAUCACAAAAGAAUGUUUUCAUUUUCUGUAAGAUAAUGAACUGGUAAACGAAUAUUAAAAUCAAUUUUGUUUUAUUGCAGUA